AUGGCUACUACCCUGAAAUUUCGGGCGUUGAUAUGGGCAGCCCUUUUGUCAGCCCUGGUGCCCUCCUGCUUUGCAUUCCAAUACAGCAAGUCUGAUGAUGGAACUGUCCAUGUGUCGGACGAACAGGAUAUUUAUUCCGCGGAAGCCGCUGCUAUGGUCGACGAAGAUGACAGCGGACAGAAUGCGGACCAUGGUGACAUAGAAGUACCAGAUGGUUCUGAGUUCACCUCAUUUAACGUUAACGAGAACGGUGACGAGGAGAUUCCCGGUUUUAUCACGAAGGAUCUGGACAAUACGACAAUCGAGCAUCUCUUUAUUGUUCUCCAUGGGAGGUUAAGAAAUGGAAAUAGCUAUUGGAAGCUGCUGAACGAGUCCAUCGAAGAUGCCAGAGAAGACAACUUUUCCGGAACGGACCGCAAAAUGGGAGUGCUUGCACCGCAAUUUUUCUCUACGGAAUACAACUCUGGCCAGUACAAGGACAAUCAACUGGCCUGGGACGACUUGAACGCUUGGCAACCAGGUGGUCAGGCUAAUCAUCCCUCAGGUACGAACAUUACCUCCUUCGACGUCAUAGACGGCCUCGUCAAGAUUCACUCGGACAAGCAUAAGUAUCCGAGCCUCAAGAAUGUCACCGUUGUUGGCCAUGGUGGCGGUGGUCAGCUUGCUCAACGGUACUCCGCUCUGGGUAACGAUGCCCCUGACAAUGUCCACAUUCGGUACAUUCACGGCGAUCCAUCGUCGUGUAUGUACUUCACUGAAGACCGUCCAAUUGUAGCAGACAACGACACUUCAAAAGACUCCUGUGAUUCCUACGAUAUCUGGAGAUAUGGCUUCGACAAGUUCCCCGGCACAGGAGGCAAGCAAUUGACGCCAAAGGAAUACUUCAAGCAAUACCUCACUCGAGACGUUGUUUCGAUAGUGGGACUCCAAGAUACAGGCCACUCUGGGGAUACGAGUUGCAUGGGGAGAGUGCAAGGAGGCAUCAAUCGGCGUGCUCGAAACUUGACUUGGUUCCGAUACAUCAAUGAGCUCGCUCGCACGGACGAAGACCUGGAGGAUUUCCCUAAUUCUUUCGAGAAUCUCCCCGACUGGAGCGAUGUGGUGGAUGGAAAGAGCCAGCUGCGGCUUGUUGUUGUCAAAGAUGUGGCUCAUAAUGCGAAAAAGCUCUUCCGUGGGGAUCUUGGACGAGCAGCGCUCUUUCACGAUGGCUACAUCGCCGGAGGCUGGCGCCCCACGGAUGACAGCAGCAGUGAUUAG